AUGAGCUGUCCGAUCGAGCUGAAACCCGAUACACUGGCCGGCCCGGGAAGCCCGACCGUCACACUGGCGCUCGAAGAAGAACCUGUUCCGACUAAGAUGCAGAGGGAAACCAACAAACCCGACCGAGCCGUAUGCCAGGUUUCAGCGGGCUUGGCACCGCGACAACCCGAGGAAGACCAACGCCUCCAGCAGUUCCUGGAAAAGGAACUAGCCGCCUUCGACGAGACCAUCAUUGACCAUGAUCAGAAAGUAGCCAAAAUAGAGCACGAGGGCGUCAUCGAACCCUCCUGCAACACCUGGUGCUCGUCGGUGGCGGUCGUAAAAAAAACGAUCCCGUUGGACGAAGCCAAUAAGCUGCUCACCGCUUUCACCGUACCAGGACGCGGGCUCAUGCAGUUCACCGUAAUGCCAUUUGGACUCCACUCCGCCCCCGCGACCUUCCAGCGUCUCAUCGACACGGUGUUCGGACCCGAGCUCGAACCUCAUGUGUUCAUUUACCUGGAUGACAUCAUUAUUGUCAGCGAAACGUCCAACGACCACCACACUCGCCUCCAAGACGUGUUCCAACGACUGCGUCGGGCCAAGCUGCGGAUCAACCCCGAGAAAUGCCGCUUUUGUACCCCGCAGCUAAAGUAUCUCGGACACGUCAUCGACCGCGAGGGAGCCAUCCUCACCCAGCAUCUCGAGGACGGUGAAUGCGUAAUUUCGUAUGCAAGCCGCAGGCUCAAUCCCGCCGAGAGAAAUUAUAGCGCAACGGAGCUGGAGGGCCUGGCCGUCCUCUGGGGGAUCCGACACCUACGCAGGUACUUGGAGGGCUACACCUUCACGCUGUUGACAGACCACCAAUCCCUCCAGUGGCUCCGCCGACUAGAGUCGCCCACCGGCCGACUUGCCCGGUGGUUGUUUGAACUUCAACAGUUCGACUUCAAGGCCGUCCGCCGGCAACCCGCCGAUCACCCGGAUUACCUGUUCCGGAACGGACGACUGUGGCACCAUCGACUGUACGACCUCUACUUCUGCGACACACCCUACAACACGCAAUGGAAACAAUACGUGCCGUGGGAAGAUCAAGAGCGCGUGAUGCGCGAAAAUCACGAUGCGCCCACCGCGAAGCACCUGGGAGUCGCGAAGACCAUCAGUCGCGUCGCACAGACUUACUUCUGGCCCGGCAUGCAGCGAAGCAUAGCUCGACCAUGGGAGCAGGUUAGCGUGGACUUCGUGGGCUCACUUCCCCAGUCACGGAACGACCACACCAGCCUCCUGGUCCUGCAAGAUCGGUUUACGAAGUAUAUGGAGCUGCAGCAUCUGCAGAAGGCCACCACGACCGCCAUCCAACAACAUUUGACGACGGGAUUCUGCUCUGAAAAGUUCCGCGCGCUGUUCCGAUCGUUCAACAUCGAGCAUCAUACCUCACCGGUGUACACGCCGCAUUACAACCCGGUUGAGCGAGCCAACCGCACGAUCAAGACGAUAAUCAGGCAAUUUGUCGGCAAGAACAACCGCCACUGGGACGAGCAGCUGCUGGAACUACAGUUUGCCUUUAAUAAGGCCAGAAAAGACUCUACGGGGUAUACCCCGGCGUUCCUAACACACGGCCGAGAACUCCGGGCGCCUACCACACCACUGCCACCCACUGGCGGGUCACUUCCGACGCCUAAAGGAUGA